AGCUGACGCCGGUGGAAGAGACCGACAGGAGAAGCGCGCUCUUGUAGACUACAGAAACCUCGCGGGAAAAGCAGAUAAUUCGUCCAUUUACGGUUAAUUCCGGAUGUCUGUCUGAAGAUGAAGUGUCUAGGUUACACGGGACCAUGGAGCUGAGCAAACACAAGAUGAUGAUUACCGUCACCACAGUCACAUGCAUAGAGAAGACAGUUCUGGCCAAGAACAGAACAAACACAGACAUAGACCCUAAUGCUUAGUGAGGAAAGGUGCCGUAUUGUCCUGUGAUGUACUGAGACUCAGCCAGCUACUGAGGUAGCAUCUAUGAAUGCCAUCUCAGGCCUGUGACACAGAGAAAUUCCAUUAUUCAUCUGAAGGAAGGAGAAUUGUGAGUCAGAAUGGAAGAGAAAAGAGAACUGUCACUCUGUAAAUCUCUCAGCCAGUAAACUCACUGGGAUGUUUUUAUUUUCUCUCUAAUUUUCUGUAUUUUGCAUUUAAAAUGACAGUUUAAGUCGCAAAGACCUUUUGACUUUGUAUUUUCUGCUGCUGUGUUUGAAGGAAGUCCUGCUGGGAUCUGAGUUCAAGCCUGGGGUGUAAUUGAAAAGGGAGUGCAUCUAAGGCUGAGCCCUGUUCAUUGUAUUUUUUUUUACCCACCCCCUUAUCUCAGCUGUCAAGAGGGAGGAUUCUCUUAUAAGUUACCCGCAGCCACAGAGACAGUGGUGGGAAAAGAGGGUGGGAGGAAGAUAAAGGAGGAAAAGGAGGGGUGAAAGGAACAUUGAGCUGAGUGUGAGGGAGUGUGUACACACAACCCAGAGACUGACUCCUGUAACCAAGGACAAAGGUAGCAACACAUCACAACGUCACUCUCGCCCACUGAACAUCCUAAAGAAAAGGGAGGCGAGCACUCAGACUCUGAAUCAACAGUCUCCCAUUAUUCAGUGCUGAGCCCCUGGGGUUGGAGUGAUUGCCCUGAAGUGCUGAAGUCUGGGCACAUCUUGGCCACAUCCAGAGUGGACUGCACUGAACAGAAGCCUGGUGGGUGGAUGGAGUUCAAUUCUCUGCCAGAGUUUACUGUUCUCUUAUUUCAGUGGUAUAAUUGCAUUGCUUUCUUUAACUGGCCCAUAUUUGCAUCUGUUUGACCAACGAGGACUGAGGGGUGUUCAGUGUGUGUCAAGGUGGAGCUGGAGGAGGCGUGGAGGAGUAACCCAAGGCAGUGAGGACAAAGGUACCAACCAUGGGAAAAUCAAACAGCAAGCUCAAGCAGGAGGUGGUGGAGGAACUCACCAGGAAGACCUACUUUACGGAGAAAGAGGUGCAACAGUGGUACAAAGGCUUUAUUAAGGACUGUCCAAGUGGUCAGCUGGAUGCUGUGGGCUUUCAAAAGAUCUACAAGCAGUUCUUCCCUUUUGGUGACCCCACCAAGUUUGCUUCUUUUGUCUUCAACGUCUUUGAUGAAAACAAGGAUGGACACAUAGAGUUUUCAGAGUUCAUCCAGGCCUUGUCGGUGACUUCGCGGGGGACACUGGAUGAGAAGCUCAGAUGGGCUUUCAAAUUGUAUGAUCUUGAUAACGAUGGCUACGUCACACGAGAUGAGAUGUUAAACAUCGUAGAUGCCAUAUAUCUGAUGGUGGGGAACACUGUAGAGUUACCAGAAGAAGAGAAUACACCUGAGAAGAGAGUGGACCGUAUUUUUUCCUUGAUGGACAAGAAUGCUGAUGGCAAGUUGACCCUGCAGGAGUUUCAGGAGGGUUCCAAGGCAGACCCCUCCAUUGUGCAGGCACUGUCACUGUACGAUGGGCUGGUAUAGGGCCUAAAGUGUUUAAAGAUUCGCAGAUGAGCCCAACAUGGUGCCAUCACACCUGCUAUGAGAAAAAAGAAUCUACAAGCAUCAACAUCCCUCCAUGCACCAUCCAGAAGGAGAUGUGGGGUGAGGAGAAGGGCAAGGACUUGUGUAAUACUGCUGCCAUCAAUUGCACAUAUUCAUCUGCACUCUAAGCAUUGAAAACAACUCUGAGCCCUCUGAUAUACAAAAAUGUAAAAUAAAAAAGGACAAGAGGGGAAUAUACACUGAACUUAUACAUACAAGCAAGGCGGUUGUUUUUCCUUGUGGACUAUACUGGAGGAUACCCCUUGAGGUGUGUGUGAACUGUGAACGGCGCUCAACAGAGUCAGAGUGGUGUGACUGACACGUGGAGAGCUGUCACAUGGCUACCUGAAAGACUACAGCAGGAGACAUCAGCAGGCACUGAUUGUUUUUGAGAGUGUUGAGGGAGAUCAACUUAUUUAUAAAUCCAUGUAUAUAGGAUAUACUAUAAAUAGUCUUGUUAUUAUGUGUUGCUUUGCUGCGUUUGUUGGAGUGAAAUUAAGCUUAAUCGUUUUUGAAUCAGUUUUAAUUAAUGGAAUGCUUUUUUUCAUCCUGUUUCCUGCACAAACCGCUUCCUUGGUUAUCUUUCAUAUUUUUAUUUGAGGAGUAAGUGGUCAGGGAGGGGCUUUCAUUUGGCACUGUAAUGUCUCAAUGCCACAUUCUAAAUGACAUGAUCAAGCAACACAGUGUAGUUCCUCACAGUUGACAUAUCUCAACUGAGGCUCAUUAUUUCCUUUGACGUCGUCUUACUCCAUCCACCCUGUGUAUACACAAGGCUUCAGCCAUUGAGAACAAACAGACAUACAUUCUCGUUGUAAAGAUUUUUGCAGGCUGUCUGUUUGAGCCUGUCCUUUUUGUGUCUGUCCUGUGUGUUCAACAGAAGCCAUAAAUCCCAGCAUGUGAUGAUGCCUUUCUCGUUCAGUCUCGGGUCAUUUCAGUCUUACCAAUUAGGCAUUUGUCAGCUUCACUGAUUUAGCCUUACUCAAGUGAUAAAGAUCAUUUCCCCCUGUGCUGUCAUUUACAUUGAACAACACAGAGCACAGAGUAAAAUGCAUUUUAAAGCUGCAAUAUGUAACUUUCUGGGCGACCUGACCAAAUUCACAUAGAAAUGUGAGUUAUAGACCUGUUAUUCCCAUUAAAAUUAAGUCUAAGAAGCUGUAGACCUGUUCAAUGUGCGCUAUUUCUAUGCUUCCUGUUUGUAAGUUUAGUUUUUGCAUCUUUUACUUUUGGUUUUGCACACCAUCUUCAAACAUCUGAAAAUACAAUAUUUUGGGUUAUUGAAAAUAUAUUUUACAGUUAAGAUGGUAUGAUGAUUCUCUACACUAUACUUGUUUGUUUUGUUGCAUAAACUGAAAUUAGGUGAACUAUUUCAAUUUUAGCAACCAGGAAAUGUCGGAGCGAUUUCUGCAGUGGACCUUUAAAUGGAUGCCUUUACAUUCUGUGAUUGAAAUUCUGUUUUUGAAAAUUCAACCUCAAAGCUCUCUAAGCUCAACUUGUUUCAGAAAUGUGUCUCAGUUCCCUCAAAUACCCUUUUAUUCAAAAUGGAUGCAGGAACAGAACUCAGCCAGAAAGUGGUUGAAGUAAUUGUUCAAUGGAGAUUCAGACUUUUGUUAAACUUAAACAUGAAUUACCCUGUUAUAAUGAAUAAAGGAUUACAUUGACUGUAACUUGUUCAUUAAA